AUGGCGCCAGCAGCGAAGCGGAACAACAGUUCGCUGCCUUCUGGCUACGUCGAGGACAAGUCCAAAGGACCGAUGCUGAGAUUCCAGGAUUCCCUGCCUCGGCUGCCCGUGCCCUCCUUGGAGGAGACUGCUGCCCGUUACGUCAAGACCCUGCACCCUCUCCUUUCAGAGUCCGAAUUCGCCGCCAGCAAAAAGGCAGUCGAGGAGUUUGUCAAGCCCGGUGGCAUUGGCAGCAAGUUACAAGAAAAGCUACUUGCGCGCAGAGAGGAUUCUGCUCACAGAAACUGGCUGUACGAGUGGUGGAACGAUGCCGCGUACCUGAGCUACCGCGACCCUGUCGUCCCCUACGUCAGCUAUUUCUAUUCCCACCGCGACGACCGUCGGAGGAGGAAUCCUGCCAAGAGAGCAGCAGCCAUCACCUCUGCUGUACUUGAAUUCAAGAAGGAGGUUGAUGAUGGCACUCUGGAGCCUGAGUACAUGAAGAAGCUCCCGAUCUGCAUGGACAGCUACAAGUGGAUGUUCAACACCAGCCGUGUCGCUGCAAAACCUGCCGACUAUCCUGUCAAGUUCUCGCACAAAGAGCAUAAGCACAUCAUCGCCAUUCGUAAGAACCAAUUUUUCAAGAUUCUCCACGAGGUCGACGGCAAGCAGCUUAAUGCCUCGGAGCUGGAACAACAGUUUAGCAAGGUUUACGAGCUGGCCCAACGAGUGCCUGCUGUUGGUGCCCUCACCAGCGAGAACCGGGACGUUUGGGCGGACGCACGCGAAAUCCUGCUGAAAGCCAGCCCGAAGAACUCUGCCGCAUUGGAGACCAUUGAGGCUUCUUCCUUCGUUGUUUGUCUCGACGAUGCUGCUCCUGUGACCCUUGAGGAGCGCGCGCAUCAGUAUUGGCACGGUGACGGCGCAAACCGUUGGUAUGACAAGCCUUGUCAGUUCAUCGUCAACGACAAUGCCACCUCGGGCUUCAUGGGAGAACACUCCAUGAUGGACGGAACCCCGACUCACCGCCUCAACGACUUCAUCAACGACCUCAUUUUCAACAACAAGAUUGAUCUCUCUGACCCUUCCAUCCGCUCCAACUUGCCGGAACCUCAGGUUGUCAAGUUCGAUGUGACGAAGGAGGUCCAGGCGGAGAUCGACCGCGCGACUAAGGACUUCCAUGAUGUAAUUGGCCAACACGAGCUGGCUGUCCAGGCGUAUCAAGGCUAUGGCAAGGGUCUUAUCAAGAAAUUCAAGUGCUCGCCCGACGCCUAUGUUCAGAUGAUUAUACAACUGGCUUACCACAAGAUGUACGGCAAGAAUCGGCCCACCUACGAGUCGGCUGCUACCCGCCGCUUCCAGCAAGGCCGGACGGAGACAUGCCGGACUGUUUCGGAUGCAUCGGUUACAUGGUGCAGUGCCAUGGCGGAUCCUAAUAUCGAGGAUAAGGAUAAGGUCGACCUGUUCCGCCAGGCUAUCGAUACCCACCUCGAGUACAUCACAGCGGCCUCGGAUGGCAAGGGUGUUGACAGGCAUCUUUUCGGGCUCAAGAAGCUUCUCGAGCCCGGCCAAGAGAUACCGGCCAUUUACCAAGAUCCUGCGUUCUCGUAUUCUGCUUCUUGGUAUCUCUCAACCUCGCAGCUGAGCUCCGAAUUUUUCAACGGAUAUGGAUGGAGCCAGGUUAUUGAUGCUGGCUUUGGUAUCGCCUACAUGAUCAACGAAAACAGCAUCAACUUCAACGUUGUGUCCAAGGGUCUCGGCAGUCAGCGGAUGAGCUUCUUCCUAAAUGAAGCCGCUGGCGACAUGCGCGAUCUGCUCAUGCCGACAAUAAAGCCCGCAAAGGCUAAGCUAUAG